GACAAAAUGGAUGCGGGCUGGGAGUUUUAGCCAUCUCUCCCGCUAAAACCAUCCUUUCACUCUCAGUUCGGCGUUAUCUUAAUAUCUACAGAACAGAACUCAAGUAAUUUCAGUUCUCUUUCAAGCUCUUUCGACCUAACUGGAGACGAAGCAGAUUCAAUUCAAAGGUAGAGUUAUUAUUGUGCCCUGAUGGAUGAAGCCCCCCAAACUGAUAAGUAUGAGAAACUAUGUGAAGGCUGGGCUAGUAGCUGUUCAACUCAGUUAUGCGAUCUACCUGAUGGUGUCCUUAUUCAUAUCUUGAGUUUUCUCGGGCUGAAGAAAGCAGUGACUACAACUGUGUUAUCAAAAAGGUGGAAGAGCUUGUGGGCUUUUAUUCCGAAUCUUGCUGUAUCACAAUGUGAUUUCCCAGAAAGGCCACUCUUCUUGGACUUCGUGGGAAGAGCCUUUGCUCUUCGUGAUGGAUCUUCACUCAAGACAUUCUCUCUCUCGUGCGACAUUCUGGAAGAUGCUCCUCUUAUCAUAGAAUGGGUUUCUUUUGCAUUUAUGCACAACGUGAAGGUUCUCAAUUUAUACCUUGAGAAGCCUGGCUCUCCUUAUGACACUUACGUGUUGGAUUUCUUCAUCAGGAGUGAAUCCUUGAAAAAACUUAGCUUGGAUUUGCCUUGUGUUAUUGUCAUUCCUUCUUGGGUAUCUUUUCCGAACUUGAAGAAGUUGAGUGUCUCUGAAAUUAUAUUUGUGGAUGUUAACUCCAUAGAAAAGUUAUUCUCUUGUUCAUCACUCGAUUCGUUAUCUAUCUACCGGUGCAAAUGGAGGAACCUCAACAACAUAUGCAUUUCUGCCCCCAACCUUCAAUUCCUCGACAUUGAUGAAACAAUUAAUGAUGAUGAUAUCAACUUUGAUGAAGUCGGUUUUACAUUUCAAGAUGCACUUUCCUACGAUCGCCGGGUCUAUAUUAACGGAGCUUCUCUCAAAACCUUCAUGUACAAUGGCGAACUCAUCAAUGAUAUUUGUAUAUUGGGUGACACGACAAAGUUAGUUGAGCGUGCGCAAAUUAAUAUAUGUCGCUUAUAUGAAGCUGCACAGGAUAUUAUUGUGCCCCGUGGGUUUAAACUACUCUCAGCUGUUGCUAAUGUAAAGGAGCUUAUUCUAACUGAUGACUUUCUCAAGGAUCUUGCAGCUGGGGAUGAGCUCUUCAACACCCUUCCUAUGUUUUGUAAUUUGUCUGACUUGUCCGUGGAGUGGUCAUUAGAUCCUGUGUCUUUCAGGAUCUUUUCAAUGAUACUAAGAAGAUCUCCCCGUCUUAGAAGUCUCAGCUUUUCAGAGGUAUACCCGGUUUAUCACUAGUAAAUAGAUCAUAGGGUGAGAUUCAACGACAUCGUUGAAUGACCGCAUUGUCAUCUUCUGGCCGAUCUGUUAGAUUUUGCUUCAGCGUAGCCGCAUCAGGGGUAGUAGGGUUUUCCAAAGCCAUUGUCCAUGCUGAGGAGGAUGUCACGAUGACAGUGAAGAAAACGCAGCCGAUGGUGUCAAUUGGAAAAAGGGAAGAAAGAAUAGUUAUUGGGAGAAAAUACUCUUGUAUUUCUUCAUUUUCUUGUAUUAACAAUGAGAGUAGAGUCAAUAUAGAUGAUAGAAACAUCUUAGCAGGCUGAGUUCUAGAGGAACCAGAACUAAACAAAGAAAUAUUACCAAUUAAUUAUAUUACUUCUUUUCUUAACAAAUCCUUGCCAAGUUUUCGUAAACUAUCUUACGACAAGAACUGAUGCCUUCUUGUUUCAGGAAUUUGACAGCUUUCCUCAGAAUGAAAGAGAUGGAUUGUUGGAUCCGGUGCCUUCUUGUUUCGUGACGGAGCUCAAACAGAUUUCUCUUCCAAUUGACAACACGGAUCAAGGUUUUGAAGACCAAUUAUUUGUUAUUGGACUUCUGCUCAAAACCGCAUGUGUUCUGGAAGAAUUGGAAGUCCGUUAUAUGCAAGACUUCGUGGACGCCAGUUUUCUAGAGGACACUAUAGGCAACCUUCCAGUUGGAUCAGAAGGUUGUCAAAUUUGGUUUAUUGACAGAUCCUUUAAAUGAAAGGAGAUUUUCCAAACUUUGUUGGAAAUCUAUGACUUAGUAUGUUUUGACAAAUAGAAGCUUAUACAUCGGAGUAUAUAGAUAAGUACCAUGGAUCUCUGGUCAUCUCCCAGCAGAGUUUUGCAAUUUCUUUUGAAUUUUGAGUGAUAUUUUGCUGCAGCUGGUUCAGGCCUUCAUUUCAAGCCAAGCAGUGUUUGGAUUUAUAAAGACUUAAUGCAGAUUUGCUUCCCAGUAAGUGAUCUAUGCUCAUAUGAACUUAUAAGCAUCCAUCUUUUGUCACUGGAACUUAUACUGAAGUGAGGAGAUGUCGAAAAAGCUCUGUAACU